AUGGAGAUUUCUUUACAACUGAGCCUCUACCACCAAGCUACUGGUAAUCGAUCAGACAAGGCUGACGAAGAUGACUCUCAGGAUGAGUCUGUUGUUGGCCACAUGGAUCAAUAUGGCUACCGCAGGCUCUGUUACACGUUGGGUGGGGGUGCAGAAGGUGGUGAUGGGAAAGAGCCUGUAGCCAUUUCAGAGCUGGGAGGAGAGCGCCCCCCUGGGGAGCCUCGCGUCGGUCACCCGGAUGAUGGUCCUGGCCCAUUGCGGCCGACUGAGGGGAUGAAAAAUCUCCCUUUGCAGAGAGGUUCCACUUCGGGGCCACUGGGGGUGACACCAUUCUGCGUUCAGAUCUUGCAAUCCCUUCUGCCAUCGCGGCGUGAGGAGCCGGGGAGGCUGCUACUUCCGCGACAUCCCACCGCCUGUGCGAGUGACACCGUGGUCGAGGCGCCGCUACCCGUGAGCUUCAUGAAGCCUUUGCUCCUGCCCACGCCUGACAGUGUGCCCUCCUGUGGGAUCGGAAUUGCUAACUCUGUGGAGGCCCCCCUGCCCCUCUUCACACUGGUUCUGGGAAGUUCGGCAGUGCCCGGCACGGUCCACGUUUUGUCUGCAGGCGGGGCGGGAAUGAAUUCUCUGCAGUUCAUGGGACAGCAGCUGUUUGCAACCGCAGAUACCAGUUCCAGUAAGGGAUACAUGCAGCCAAGCCUGUACAGACGGCCUGGCCAUCCUGGAGGAAUGGGCUACUCAGGAAGCUACACGGGUAGCCUGGCACCAUCCGAGGGGAUGGGCCUUUUGUCGCACUCCAGGCCUCCGGCACACUUUGCCCAGCCCACGGCCGUUGCUGUCGCAGCCGCCACAGCAACCGUCGCUGCCACAGCAACCGUUGCCGCAUUGCAGGAAAAGCAGAGCCAGGAGCCCUUGGGACCGUACAGAUUGAUCAGCGCGGCGCAGCCUUCCAGCAGCCCGUACUUGACCCACUCGGGAGCCAGGGGCCUGGCCCAGACGCCCACAGGAGUGGGCCCCCCCGGGGGUUUGGCAGGAGUGAUGGGGCAACCGGGCAUCUCUGCGAACCACCCGCGCCCGCCCCCGGUCAACGCCCAAAGCCAGCGCGUGCCGCAGCACGGCUACCUGGGGAGCCAGCAGAUGCCCGGCCCAGGGCUGAAGAGGCCGUAUGUCAGUGAGGGCUACUUGGGCGAAAACUACCCUCCUGUCAACCCCCAGCAAUCACUCCCUUCUCCCAGCUACCCUGCCAGGAUGCCAAGCCAGCAGAAUGCCGGGCGGUACCCCAUGCCCCCCAGCGCCAUGGGGCAGUAUUUUAAGCCCUCGGAGCAGUACAGUGGACAGAGCAACAGCUUUGCGGUUGGGAGUUACAGUAACUACACUCAGGCCAACAUGAAUGGGCUUGCGAGGUCGUUGGCCGGUUACUCCAACUCUCCGAUCAUGGGAAAUCCCACGCUCCCGCUGACUCUGGGAAACAGUAGCCCCCCGUACCUGUCUCCGAGCCAGGAAGUCACGUCAGCCUUCCACCCGGACAUAAAGCCCAGCCUGAAUAAUCUCCCCCCACCCACCUCAGCAAACCCCGUGGACGAACUCCGCUUGACAUUUCCCGUGCGUGAUGGCGUCGUCCUGGAGCCGUUUCGGUUGGAGCACAACCUCGCCGUCAGCAACCAUGUCUUCCACCUUCGUCAUUCUGUUCACCAGACGCUGAUGUGGAGGCCAGACUUGGAGCUCCAGUUCAAGUGUUACCAUCACGAAGACAUGCAGAUGAACACAAACUGGCCAGCUUCAGUUCAGGUCAGCGUCAACGCUAACCCCCUGACAAUAGAGCGAGGCAACAAUAAAACCUCACACAAACCUCUCUACCUGAAGCACAUGUGUCAGCCUGGGAGGAACACCAUUCAAAUCACAGUGACAGCCUGCUGCUGUUCCCACCUGUUUGUGCUACAGUUAGUACACAGACCCUCAGUCCGAUCAGUGUUGCAAGGCCUCCUGAGAAAGAGAUUACUACCUGCGGAACACUGCAUCGCAAAAGUCAAACACAACUUCAGCAGCAGUGCUUCUGCCAUUUCGUCUGGGAACCCCGGGCUGAGCGGGGAGGAUGGCUUGGAGCAGACGGCGAUGAAAGUGUCACUGAAGUGCCCGAUCACCUACAGGCAGAUCCAGCUGCCAGCGCGAGGGCAUGACUGCAAGCACAUACAGUGUUUCGACCUUGAGUCCUACCUACAGUUGAACUGUGACCGAGGAACCUGGCGAUGUCCAGUAUGCACUAAGACAGCCAUGCUGGAAGGGCUGGAAAUCGACCAGUACAUGUGGGGCAUCUUAGCGGCCAUUCAGAACACGGACUUUGAGGAGGUGACAAUCGACUCAACAUGUAGCUGGAGGCCGGUGCCUGUGAAGUCGGAGCUUCACGUCAAAGACGACCCUGAUGGCCCCCUAGCCAAGAGGUGCAAGACCAUGAGCCCCAGCCAAACGAUCAUGCCCAACAUCAUGGAGAUGAUAGCGGCCCUGGGAUCCGGGACAUCUCCCUACCUGUCGCUGGCGCUGCCACCAGGGGGCGUCAGCCACACCGACUAUGCCCAUCAGAAUUCUGUCUAUGGUGGGCAGGGGAGUUUUGCAGAUUUUCCCCAUGGCGCUCCUGACAACACAUCCAUUAAUGAGUUUACGCAUGGACCACCCAUGCCCUACCCAGCGGACAUCCCAAAUAUGGCUCCUGACAAAUCCCUCGGGCACUCCAUGCUGGAUCAGAUUCCUCAUUCUGGAACAAUAGACCAAUCCGACACGACUCUGCAGCAUGGAGUCCAUGCACAUCACCUCAGCGGUCAGUUGCUGCAGCAUCGCAGCCCAUCCCGACACCUGCGGCAGCUCCAGCAGACAAGCAUUGGAGUCCAUUCACGUAGCGAACUGACCUUCAACCCAUCUGCAGUAAUGGAAGGUCAGGCAAGGGGCCAAGGGGCAGCUGAUGUUCCCGAGUCUUCUCUAGAACUUCUUCCAGAGAUCACGAACCCAGAUGAACUCCUGUCAUACCUAGGACCUCCAGACAUGCCAAACAACAGCAAUGAUGAUCUUCUCUCCUUGUUUGAGAAUAACUGAGAUUCUUCCCCUCUCCCAGUGGGCUAACAACACUACAGUAACCUUUGCUCCGUCUCCACUGAAGUUCAGCUGAUACUGUGUACUGCCUUGCGUUGUUGGUAGUGCGAAGGUGAUGACGGAUGUCUUUGUGGACUUGACUGGAAGGAGAUCCUUCCAGGCCCAUUGUAAAAUGCCAUCUCACGUCUUCAGGGUUAGAAAUACCUUAGGAACACUAGGAUACGGACCAGGUUAGAAAGUCUGGCCAGCUGGAAGAAAGCAGUUUCUGUAACUACCACCAAUGGUUGUCAAGGAAUCAGCAGGAUAAUCUUUCGCUAUGAAUGCAAAUCUUGUCUGGAGUUCAAGUCAUUGGAAAGCAAACGAUGAGUUCAAAGUGGCAGUUAGCCCCAGGCCACUAAUUGCAGAAAUUUUAUUUUUUCCAGCUGAGGAAUUUUGUGGACUAUUCUCCACAUUCACUUUUGAAGUGAGGUCUGUGACAUCCUGGGAAGCAAAUGCUAUGUACAGAAACAAAAAUAUAACAGAACUUGAGAAAACUCAAAGUACAGCGGCUUUCCUGGAUCCCUGCACUUUCGUUCGUGUAAGAGAGAUAGAUGAACGUUGAAACUGACUUCUGAAUUAUUCAACAGAAUGCAAAAAAGAAGACCAAUUACUAAAUUUUUAAAAAAGCACAAGAAAUUAUAAGUAUGUAAUGUAGGAAUACAGCGACACAGAAGGGAAAAAUCUCUCUUCUUGUAAUGGAACAGUAUCACUGCCUACAUUUCACAACUUGUGAGUAAAGAUAUUGGACGUCAUAUCAUUUUAAUAUAAAUGCAGUACACGUGAUUAAAUGACAGAGUACUAUGUUAUUAUUCCAUUUUGAUGUCCCCACACCUUUUGACCAUUUUUGUUCUUUUGUAUAUUUGGGGGGGAAACAUUCCCUAAUGUUAGUGGAGACUUAUCUGAAUACAGCAGUAUUGUUCGACACAUUGCAGUUCUUUGCACCAAAUCCACAUGGCACUGAAAUCUAGUUUUCUUCCUUUUUAAAAUACCUUUUAAAGUAUCCUUUGGCAAAACAACUGACAACAGUACACCACCACUGCCAUGCAUUUUAACGCUGCAAAGUGAAAGGCAACUUUUUAUGCACCUUGCAAUGAGGGAGGUGGUUCAAAACAGUACAAUUAUUGUGUAAGAAAAAUUUCCAUUUUUACUUUCUGUAUAUGCAGAUUGCUUUUUUUGGGGCGGGUGAGGGUGUGUAAUAUUAAAUUUAUAUUUAAUCAGUUUAUUGGGCUACUGCAGUUCAAGAUAUUCAUGAAAUAUUUAAAGGUGGCUCAGAUAAAUAAGUCAAUUUUGUAUGUGUAAAUCUGGGUUUUAGAUUUGGAAGAAAGGAGCAGCCACAUUUAGGGUAUUACCCUUCUUCAGAACUCCCAAAAUGUUGACUUCUCCUUUCCUCCGGAUGCUGCCUGGAUUGCUGUUCUUCCAGCCUCCUGUUUGUUUACCUUGGAUUCCUGCACCUGCAGUUUUUUUUUGUUUCUAACUGGGUUUUAAGUUUAUUGAAUCCAUUUCCUUUAUUCAGAUUUUCCAGGGAUGUACUGAAAUCUGAGAGACAAUAAAUGCUAAUUGUUCUUUGUUUAAUUUUGAAAAUGUUUUUAAAACUACUGCUUUGAUAGAGGAAGACAUUUUAAUACAACAAUCUAUCUAUUCAUUGAAACCCUGUUUCCACAUCAGUUCCAGUAUAUGAAGAGCUGAAUUGCUGAAUUUUAAGUAUAUUAAAUUAGACUUGAAACAAAUAAAUAGGAUGCAACUGAAUAUCUGAGAAGAGAAAGACAGACUGCCAGACUCUUCAACAAAACUGACACCCUCUAAAGCUCUGAGUAAAAUAAUGAGAUGAUAUUAUUUGGUACAAACAGGAAAUUUUCAUAAAGGGGUAACAAAUGAGUUCAAUAGCAAGGGAGACAGAGGGCAUUCAUAAAUUGUGUGUAAGGGUCAGGCUUAUAGAAUGGAAAAAGUAGAAUUGAACAUCUCUGAUCAGCACAGAGUAAUAUCAUGUGAAUAAAUGCUAACAAGCCAGGGGAGUAGGACAGUAGAUGCCAGCUGAAAUAAGAAACUGUUCUUAUUGCUGCUUAAGGAAUGAUCUGUUGUGCUGAAGGGGAAGAUGAGAUGCUGUCCAGAAGGGUAGUGACUAAGAGACCACAUUGUUUUAAUUGUCAGGUUUUGCUUUUCUUAAUUUUCCCAUGUUUUCUUUUAAUUAACUGUGCACCAUUUCCCGAGCAAAGAUUUUAGCAGGCAACUGGGUUGUCAAGAAAUGCUGAUCUCUUAUUUUGCGAUCCUCAGUUUCUGUACACUUCCAGCUGAGUUUAUGAUUUGGCCUGUGGAAAUGACCAGCUGUUUACCAAUGUAAUUACCUGGCGAUUUUUAGUUAUUGAAUAAAACAGGGAAGGUUGCAGAUUUCCACUACCAAUUAUGUGAAGAACCAGCUCCUCAAAAUUAAUAUUUUGACCCUACCAGAUGAAAGAAGAGUGAAAUCAUCAGAUUCUUCAAACAUUUGAAACACUUCAAUUAGAUCACAUCUAAACCUUCUACACUCAGGGAAAACUUGGUGGCGUACGCAACCUGUCAACCCUUUAGCUCCUGUGACGUUCUGGUGAAUUUACACGGCCCUUGGGCUGCAUAGGUAGAAUCAGUCUUAUCAGACCCAUGGGAGGAGGAGAGGUUGGGGAAGAGGUGGGGAGAGAGAGAAUGAGUGCAGGAAAGGGAGGGGUGUGAGAGACAGUGCAGAAGGAAGGAAUGAA